CAAUUUUAUAGACGAAACGUUUUUAGCUUCUUUUGUUAAUUAGAUUUUGCCCUUCGCAUCUUAACGUUGACUUUGAUGAGAACAUGGACCACAGUGGGGCUGGAAACAUUUUCUAAUAAUACAACAAUGUAUCAUCAUCUGCAAGACUAUUUAAUAGCUCCUGAAGCCCCUAAGCCUGGUGAUAUGAUCACACCAGUGAAAACCAUACCUAAAGUAGCUCACAAUUGGGCAACUGGAUCAAGCAGAAAGAUUAAAAACCAAGAUGUGUUGGUGAUGAACUCCACUGCACAGAAUGCUGAAGAAAACAGCCCAAAUAUCCCGUGUGAGCUCAGCAGCAUCAAUCCCAUGGCAGAGGUCGCCCCUCUAGAUAAAGUGGACAUGAUGCUGAAGAGGUGCAGCGAGACACCAGCAAAGAUUUUUGCAAGAAUGAAGGCAAAAGUUCAGAGACAAAAUUCAGAGGGGCAUGGGGAAGCCUCUGAUCAUGUAAGCAUCAGAGAAAGCCGUGACCGUGUCCCCUCUAACCCUGUAACCCAGACCUCUCAGAAGAGUAAUGCAAACCAGGAGACAUAUGUGUUCGCCCUCUCACCUCCACAGUCACUGAUAGGAGAGGCACAAGCUGGAGAAAUGGACUUACCACAGGAUAGCCAUUCCAUCAAUCUUCAUAAAGUGCCUGGAAGACAACACGAAACCUUUAAUACAGAGUCAGAGUCAUUUAUUGAGCCCUAUGUUUUACUUGAGAAUAUACCUGGGGAGAUGUUAUCAGAGAUGAAAGAAAUGCGAAAGCAAAUGCCAGAGAAUCUUUAUAACAGAAACAGACAGCCUCAUAUGCUGUUGAACAAGGUGGUUCCUGAUGACAUGUUAGCCCAGAUUCAGCGAAAACCCAUCACCUAUGUCAGCGGUUCAAAGGACAUCAGAAAUAAAGGUGGUGUUGUAUUUGGUGAGAGGAGCAUUGCAGUAGAGAAGGACAGUGAGGAAGACCUCCAAAUAGACACAUCCAGUAGUCCUGAGUCGGAGUCUGAUGCGUUUGGUCAGUCGGAGUGCACAGAAGUGGUCCCUGGACUCCCUCGGCCUCCUCAUAAUCUACUGGAUGAUCCUCUCCUGCAGCUCUCUCCUCGGGUGUUGAUCCCACGAAAGACAGCGUCUGUGUUUCACUCAAAACAACGAGCUAAACAAGCAGAUGUAAUUCUAGAUGAAGGAACCAAUGUGAGGGGGAUUCAUUUAAGAGACUGGGUUUUAAAACUGCUCAACAAAGACCUUGUGGUUGAUGGUAUUCGCAUAGAUACUAUGAUACCUUGGCACAGCAGUUUUAUCACUGAAAGAAUCUCAAGCAAUGUUCUCAAGACUUCAUCUGGCAGAACCUAUGUCCUCAUUGGGAAAAUGGCCAAACAUCCCAAUUCAUCGUUUCCAACAUGGUUUUUGAAGAAGUUUCUUUUUGGGUUUCCAAAAAUGUGGAAGGAGUACCUGGAUCAGUUUUUGCGUGGUCAUACGGGACUGCAGAAAAAUCAGAAGGACGACAGUGUUGCGAAACCUCCAAAAGCUAAAAAUCAACAGGCCUCUAAACUCUCAACCUGCAAACAUCCCAAAAUUCAGGGCAAUAUAAUGUCUCCCAGUCCCAUCACUCCCACUGACAACAUUCAGCAGGGCAGUGCAAAAGUUUCCCGCAGUGGCCGACUCAUCAAACCACCUCUGGAAUACUGGAAAGGAGGGAGGAUUGUUAUGGAUUCUGACAUGAACGUUACUAUCCAUGAGGACUACUCUACCUCAGUGCUGUCCACGCCAAAGAAAGCAGUAACUAUGGAAACAUCACAAAUCACAGAGGAACAAUCAUCCAGGCCUGAAACUCUGGGAAGAGGGAGGCGUAACACAUCUAGCAGUGAAGAUGAACUGUCAGUGCCAAUGAGGAGGAUCAAGCAGCGUUCGAAACCCCAAAGAAAAGUCCAAUCUCAGAGCAAUCCACCUCCAAUUGAGAGCACAACACUGAAUAAACCUUCAAGAGCUCGAAAAGGACCCAUAGUUAUGGCCCUCAGCUCAAUCUCAGGUCAUGCUGUGAAACAAAAAGCUAGUCAACCUCAAAGAGCCUCUCUGAGAAAACAGCAGGCAGGAAAAGAGAAAAACGCUAUGGGUUCAGGGUCAGAGAUGAUGGAGAACACAAUGGUUGAUUCAGUGAAUGGUCAUUUCUCACCUAGGGAUGGAGCAGUGUCAUAUGAUGAUCAGGAAUCGGGCUUUGAGAAUGAUCCGAAGACAAAGAACCACGGCAAGUUCCCAAAGCAAAUUCAGGGGGAACCACAAUCCAUGCCUCACGACAGCAGUUGCUUACGCCGAAGUGCUCGCAUAUACUUCAGAGCCCAGUACUCUACUGACUCUAACAGCUCAUUUGCAUCUCCAGACCCUCCAAAAAGGCGACAAGGAAAAGGGUCCACAGACCGUAAACAGCUAACAAAACCUCAUAAAACUGAGACCUCUGUGGUGCGAGAUUCUACCACCCGUAAGGAACAACCUGAACAGGACUUAGUGAGAGGUUCCCGUAGACCAAAAAAGGUCUUGCAGCGAAAUUCAGACGCAUUGGUAGGAGAUACUGUUGAUUUUCCCUCAGAUGAUGACGACAAAGAAAGAAGACGACAUGACAAGAAGACCACGUUAUUGUUGAGGAGGACAAGACAGAGGAAAGCUAAAUCUGAUCUUAAAUCCAAUAGACACUUUGCGUCCUCGGAGGACAUGCAUUCUGAGCACUCCGAGGAUGAGGAAAGUGUUCAACGUGCCGUUUCAAAUAACAGAAGAACAAAGAAAUACGAAACCGGAAAAGCAAGCACGAGAAGCAAAAAGCCACAAACAGAAAACAGCUAUAAGCAUGAAGAAGAUGAGCUAUUAGAUGGAAAAUGGACUGAAGAAGAGCUACAAAAACUACAUGAGGCUGUCAACUCAUUACCUAAGCACAAGAGCGGUUACUGGGCAAACGUUGCGUAUAUUGUCGGCACUCGUUCGGCUGAAGAGUGUCAGGAACAGUAUAAUGCCAAUCAGAAGACCAACAAAAGACCCAGAAUAAGAGCACAAAAGAAACCAGCAGCAGAUGAGGAGCCAGGAAAGGAAAUAGUUGAAAUAACUGCUAAAGCUGGAACACUUAAAAGGAGACAGCAGAUGAGGCAGUUCUUGGACCACAUGCCAAAAGAUGACCAUGAUGAUGUGUUUGCCAACUCACCAAUGCAAAAUAAGCAAAUCAAGUUGCCUGUAUUCGCUGCAAAUGGAGAUGAAGAUUUCAGCCUGCUUCAAAACCCUCAGACGCCGAGUUCUAGCAUUUCAACUGCUGCUAAAACCCCUCAGUGUCUGCACAUUAGCCCAGGAAUGCUGGGAUCCAUCAACAAGAAUAACAUGGACAAGUACAUUUUCCAUUUUCAGAAGAACCAAAAAGGACGGAAACGGGGCAAAAAGGCAGCACCAAUAGACAAGCUUACACCAACUCCAGUAGUCAAGAAGACUCUAAAGAGAUGUGUUGCUGAAGAUGAUGACUUUGUGGUGUGGAAUAUGCUGUCAGAUAAAGAUAUCCCAUCCAGAGCUGAUGAUAGUGACGAGGAGGAUGAUUAUUUUAUGGAAUACUGCUGAGUUUCACUAUUAUGGUAUAGCAUCAUAGUUUAAAAUGUAUCUUAAAUCAGUUCGUUUUAGUGCUGUUGAUCACAUUAUUUUACAGUGUUUUAGCUUCUCAGUUUCCCAAUAGUUUUUAAGUGUGUUUUGGUUUGUCAAACACCAGUGCUCAUGAAAUGUUUGCUAGCUGUUGCUCACAAAACAUCUCAAAUGAAGAGUUUUAAUUUGCCUUGUUGAGCCAGUUCUUCUACAAUGCAGUGUUUAUCAGCGGGUUGUAUAUAUAUAUUUUAUUUGGCGUUAAUAAUCUGCGGAGGUUAUACCAUAAAAUUCGAAUGAAAGCGUAAAAAUGUAUCUGGUGUAAAAGUUGAAAAGGCAACAUUUUAGAUUCUUUUAUUUGAUCAUAGAGUAAAUAAAUAUAUAAGCAAAUACAAUGAAUGAACAAAUAAAACGGUUUAAGCUUAAUUUUUGUCCACCAGUUUUACUCGAGUAUGCUGU